AUGUCAUUCUUCGGGCAGGCUAAGCCUGCUGGAGGCAGUAUCUUCGGACAGACGCAGACCGCUCAGACAUCCCAACCGCAGCAGGGAGGUGGACUUUUCGGCCAGUCGACUGCCAACCAGCAACCACAACAGCAGCCCCAGCAGCAACAGCAACAGCAACAGCAGCAGCCCCAGCAGAAUGCUUUUGGAAACACCAUGAGCCAGUCACAGCAGACGCCGCAGAUGCCUGCGUUAGCACAGUCACAAGCCCAGUUGGCAGGCUCUUUAUGGGAACCGGGCCAGGAUACACACCAUUCCAAAUCGAUUCUCGACCAGAUGAAGGACGUGACAGACAAAUGGGACCCUGCGAACCCCAGCUGUGUGUUCAAGCACUACUUCUACAACAAAGUCGACCCAUCGCAUAUCCCGUUCUACAAGCCCUCUGCGCACGAAGACCCUCGCGGGUGGGAAGAGGCCCUCCAGAACAAGCCAGCCCCGGGGUACAUGCCGGUUCUUUGCUCGGGCUAUGAGUCCCUCGCAGACCGUCUUAAGACUCAGAAGCGCGCCAUCACAGAGUUCAACACCCGGUUGCAUCAGAUCAAUGCCAGUCUGGGUGCGAUUCUGGAGCGACACGAGCUGCAGACUGAGGUUCGCGCGUUGGCAGCAAAGAGGCGGUCUGCGGCACUGGCGGAGCGGAGCCUGGCUCUCGCUGCUAAAGUGCAAGUUUUGCGAAACAGGGGCUACGCACUCAGUGCUGAUGAGGACGAGCUCACGAGGAGGCUGGAGACUCUCGAGAGGGCAGUGCAAGAUCCAGCUGUGGGCGCGAGAGAGGAAGAGCUAUGGAGCAGGUUGAUCGUCUUGCGAGGGCAUGCAGAUGCGCUGAUGAGGGAAAAGGAGAAGCCCUCUGCGGAUGGCGCGAAUGGGUUGGAUGAGGAAACCGAGGCGCAGGCCAAGAAGACUUUUAAGGUGCUCGAAGACUACGAGAAGCAACUGCAGCAUCUCAAGAAGGAAACCGAGGCAUUGGUAGAGGACUACAUGGCAUGGGAGCAGAGCCGUAACCCGGCAAGGUAG